CUCUCUCUCGCCUGGUUUACCGGUAUUAAACGCGUUCGCAUCAGUUCAUAUAAACACGAUCUCAAACGUCUGAGCUUCAGUACAGUUCGUGCAACCAUCACUUUAUUUUAACCUGUGUAUAAGACUUAGUUAUAUAUUUGUACGUGUGUCAAGAAUUCGAUAACUUCAGCACUCGCCUAAGACAUGUACAUCCCGGAGUAUUACUAUUACAUUGCCGGAGGCGUACUUGCCCUUCUCGCGAUUCUCAUAUGCUGUUGUAAGAAGAAGGAGAGGCCGCCUCAGGAGCAGAGGCAGGUGUUGCGGCGCCCUUCGACGCUCGAUCUCCAUGGAUAUACCGUGAGAGACGCCAAACUAUUGACGGAAGAGUUUCUCAGAAGCCACAGACAUCAGGAGGUGCGAAUAAUCACCGGGCGAGGAAAGCACAACCCGUACGGCGAUGCUCCAAUCAAACAUGCCACUAUUAAGGAUUUAAAUCGCAUGGGACUCACCUUCCGUUACGAAAAUGAAGGCUGCCUAUUGGUCAAUGCUUGAUAAGAGUUCUAGCCGCGGUGAACGUGGAGACAUUGCUUUUUUUCAUGCCAUUUUUUAUUGAAAACAAUAAUAGUAUCAUGUUAACAGUUGGAAUGAAAGCUAUAUAGACAUACAUACAUACCAUUGAUUAUACACAUACCUGUAUACAUCGACUGUAUUUAGAAUAAAGGAAAACAAUAUA